GCCGGGUCCCAGUCCUCAGGCACGAGUCUUGCGGCCACAGCAAAGCCCCCUCGGAGGCGGCCGGACAGAGCCCUGACCGUCGGACCGACGACGGAGUCCCAGAGAGCAGGGCGGAUGGACACCUUCAGCACCAAGAGCCUGGCCCUCCAGGCCCAGAAGAAGCUCCUGAGCAAGAUGGCAUCCAGGGCGGUGGCGGCCGCGUUCAUCGACGACACCAGCAGCGAGGUGCUGGACGAGCUGUACCGCGCCACCAAGGAGUUCACCCGCAGCCGCAAGGAGGCCCAGAAGGUGGUCAAGAACCUGGUCAAGGUGGCCGUGAAGCUGGGCGUCCUGCUGCGCAGUGGGCAGCUGGGCGGCGAGGAGCUGGCGCGGCUGCAGCGCUUCCGGCAGCAGGCGCGCCGCCUGGCCAUGACCGCUGUCAGCUUCCACCAGGUGGACUUCACCUUCGACCGGCGCGUCCUGGCCGCCGCCCUGCUCGAGUGCCGGGACCUGCUGCACCAGGCGGCGGGUGCGCACCUGACUGCCAAGUCCCACGGCCGCAUCAACUACGUGUUCGGCCACUUGGCUGACUGCGACUUCCUCGCCGCGCUCUACGGCCCGGCUGAGCCCUACCGCUCCCACCUGCACAGGAUCUGCGAGGGUCUCACCCGGCUGCUGGAUGAGGAGAGCAUAUGAUCUCCGACCUGACCUCCGACCUCCGACCUCCUCGCUCCGGCGUCACGCUGGGGGCGGGGCUUGCGGGGGGCGUUUUAACCUCUUUUCUCCCGGUCUGACUCUGGCCAAAACCACCCCCCCAACACACACACACACACA